AUGCCGCUGCAUGGAUUCUCCUGGUCGCGCCUUCUGCUCGUCUGCCUAGCGAUUGCAGCGCUGACGUCUCCGGUGCCAGCAAGUCGAGGUCCGUACCGGAAUUCCAGGCGCGGCGGCGGCUUCACGGCCAACGUGACGGUGGAGCAGUACAAGGACGCGCUGCAGAACGUGGAGGCCGCCAACUUGUCCGAAAGUCUGGAGCUGCUCAGCAAGUUGUCGCUCAAGCGGUACGAGUUCAAGUACGACACAGUGGUAGGGCGUUCUACGCAGCUAGGCGUCCUCGGGCCCGAGCUCCGGACGGUGGCGCCCGAAGUGGUGCAGAUUCUACCGGAGCGCUUCGUGUUCGGCCGUGACGGCCGCGGUAAGAUCGCAUUGCAAGACUUCCACGUCGUGGACAAGGAUGCGCUCUACAUGCACAACUUGGGGGCCACUCAGCAGCUUAUUCUCAAUCUACGAGCCCAGCAGGAGGAGAUUCUACAGCUCCGACAGCUCACGGGAGUCCAGCAGCAGAAGAUCGACGAGCUGCAGGGGUAUCUGGAGCAAGAGGCGAGCGAGCAACUGGUCCAAAAGCGGCUGAUCGCGGAGGCGGAAGUUGCCAAAGCGGAGAAAAUGAUAGAGGAGGCGCGUGUGCGUGGGAAGGAGGAGCGCAAGACGCUCGACCGGAAGCGCGACCACGAGCUGCAGGUGGAGAACGAGAAGCACGCGUUGGAGCAGAAGCGGAUGCAGGAGGAGGACGUUGCGCGUCGAGAUCAGAACCGCGACCUGGUUCAGCUCCAGGAGGAGUCGAACAUUCGCAUUGAACGCACGAGGCGGGAGACGGAGGAGGUGCUGAAGGAGAAGCAGCUUGCGGCAGACCACGCGCGGGCUUUGCUGGAGCGCAAUACAACGCUAGAGAAGGCGGCGAUCGACGUAGAAGGGCGGAUUCGACAGCAGCGUGCUAAUCAAGACAUUGAGAUGGCUCAGCUGCAGCAGAGACUUGAAGCCGACCGUGUCAAGCUCAUGCAGGCGCUGCAGUCCACGUUCGACAAUUUGGGGCAAGGUAUCUCCGUGCUGCUGGCGGACAAGCAGAAGCUCACCAAGUUCGUCGGAGGCUUCGUGGCUCUGGCAGCCGGAAUUUAUCUCAGCAGAGAAGCCAUUCGUAUCAUCGGCAAGCUAAUCGAGCAGCGCCUUGGGAAGCCCUCGCUCGUGCGUGAAACUUCUCGAUCCGCUGGAGCGUUUGGCUUCCUCAAAGCUCUAUUCCGUCGGAAUGCAGCCAAAGGACAAGACGAACUGGCCGACGUGGUGCUGCGCAACGCUCUGGAGACGCGCGUCUUCGAGAUCGCGAGGUCUACGCGCAAUGCGAUGCUGCACGGGGCUCCAUACCGCCACUUACUGCUGUACGGACCUCCCGGAACUGGUAAAACCAUGGUUGCCAAGCGGUUAGCUCGAGCUUCAGGCAUGGACUACGCCAUCUUGAGUGGUGGUGACGUGGGUCCUCUGGGCUCCGAUGCAGUUACAGAGCUCCACGCUCUCUUUAAGUGGACGAACUCGUCUCCUCGCGGCGUUUUGAUCUUCAUUGACGAAGCUGAGGCCUUCCUCGGCUGUCGAGCCACACGUAAGACGCACAUGAGCGAAGCGAUGCGCAAUGCAUUGAACGCGCUGCUGUACCACACAGGCACACAGUCCAAGAAGUUCAUGCUGGUCGUGGCCACGAAUCGGCCUGAAGACCUUGACACUGCUGUGACUGACCGCAUCGACGACACGCUCCACUUCGAUCUGCCCGAGACCAAGGAGCGCGUGCGACUGCUGCAAAUGUACUUUAACGAGUACGUCGCUCCUCUAGCUGUGUCGCCUGCCGCCACCGAUUGCAAGGGCAAACCCGACAAGGCGUCAGUCAGCGCGUUGCCUCCAGUACUUGACGCGAGUGUCAUGACGCAGUAUGGAGAGAUGACGACUGGCAUGAGCGGUCGAGAAAUCGCUAAGAUGAUGCUGUACAUGCAGAGCAUCGUGUACGCGCAGGACGAAGUUGUCGUGACGCCGAAGCUUGUCGACCGCGUUGUUAAGGAAAAGGUGGACGAGCACAAGCGCAAACUCGAACUGAAGAACUACAACGAAAGAUGA